AUGUCGGGCCGGGUGAAGAAGGUGGUGACACCGCCCAUCAACCAGGUGUUCAAGUACUUGCAGAGUCAGGAGCGGAUCCAGGUGUGGCUGUUCGAGCAGAAGGACCUGAAACUGGAGGGGGUGUUGGUGGGGUUCGAUGAAUUCAUGAACCUAGUGCUGGACAGCGCGGAGGAGGUGUCCGUGAAGAAGAAGACGCGCAAGGCGCUCGGGCGCGUCAUGCUCAAGGGCGACAACGUCACGCUCCUCGCACCAGCGCAGCCACCGCAGUGA